UCUGCUAAUCAUUGAUCUGUGUCUCCUGUCCUCAGAGUUCAGACAUGUCUUCUGGCAGCAGCCUGCGGUCUGAGGAUCAGUUUCUGUGCUCCAUCUGUCUGGACGUGUUCACUGAUCCAGUCAGCACACCAUGUGGACACAACUUCUGCAAGACCUGCAUCACUCAGCACUGGGACGGAGAUGCUCUGUCCAAGUGUCCUCUGUGUAAUGAGCCUUUCACCCCUAAACCUGAGCUGAGAGUCAACACCUUCAUCAAAGAGAUUGUUGAUCAGUUCAGACUUAAAGCUCAGCAGGAAGCCAGCAGCAGCUCAGAGCAACAAGCUGCCAAACCAGGAGAAGUUCCCUGUGACGUCUGCACUGGACCCAAACUGAAGGCCCUGAAGUCCUGCCUGGUGUGUCUGACCUCCUACUGCCAGACUCACCUGGAGCCUCACCUGACCGCUCCACGUCUGAAGAAACAUCAGCUGAUGGAGCCGGUGGAGAACCUGGAGGACAGGAUGUGUCUGCAGCACGAUAAACCUCUGGAGCUGUUCUGUAGGACCGACCAGACAUGCGUCUGCUUGGUCUGCUCUGUUUUUGACCACAAGAACCACGAGUUUGUUCCUCUGAGAGAAGAAUCUGAAGGAAAGAAGGCAGAGCUGAGGAAGACGGAGGCUGAAGUUCAGGAGAUGAUCCAGGAGAGACGACUGAAGAUCCAGGAGAUCAGAGAGUCGGUGAAGAUCAGUAGAGAUGCUGCAGACAGAGAGAAAGCAGAAGGUGUUCAGGUCUUCACAGCUCUGAUGGAGUCUGCUGAGAGAGGCCUGAAGGAGCUCCUCAAGGAGAUCCAAGACAAACAGGAAACUACAGAGAAACAGGCUGAAGACUUCAUCAGAGAUCUGGAGCAGGAGAUCUCUGAGCUGAAGAAGAGGAGCUCUGAGGUGAAGCAGCUCUCACAGGAUGAAGAUCCCCUCCACCUCCUCCAAAGCUGCUCCUCCCUGAAAGCUGCUCCACCCACCAAGACCUGGACAGAGGUCAGAGUUCAUCCACCAUACUAUGAGGGGACUGUGGUGAAAGCUGUGGUUCAUCUGGAGGAGACGAUCAGGGAAAAAAAGAUGAAGAAGCUCCUAGAGGUUGAGCUCAAGAGUGUCCAGCAGUUUGCAAUGGAUGUGACUCUGGAUCCUGAUACGGCUCAUCUUGAUCUCAUCCUGUCUGAUGAUGGGAAACAGGUGAGAGAUGGAGAUGUGAGGAAGAAACUUCCAGACAAUCCAGAGAGAUUUUCUCUGUUUUCUAAUGUUUUAGGACGACAGAGUUUCUCUUCAGGCAGAUUUUACUUUGAGGUUCAGGUUAAAGGAAAGACUGACUGGACUUUAGGAGUGGCCAGAGAGUCUGUAGACAGGAAGGGAGACAUCAGUCUUUGUCCUCAGAACGGUUUCUGGACUGUUGGGUUGAGAAAUGAAAAUUGUUACAAAGCUGCUGCUGGACCUUCAGUCUGGCUCUUUCUCCAUCCUGGUCCUCAGAAGGUCGGGGUGUUUGUGGAUUAUGAUCAGGGUCUGGUCUCCUUCUAUGAUGUAGAUGCUGCAGCUCUGAUCUACUCCUUUACUGACUGCUGCUUCAAGGAGAAACUCUACCCGUUCUUUAGUCCCGGUCUUAGUGAUGGAGGUAAAAACUCUGCUCCUCUGAUCAUCUGUCCUGUUCUUCACACUAGUUAUUGCUCUGAUGAAGCUCCAUGAAGAAUGAAUCUGUAGGUGAAGCCCUUCUGUCCACCUGGAAUAUACUGUACAGACCAUCCAUGUUUCCCCAUCAGAAAGUGAACAUGCUUCCCUGGGUAAAGUGUGGGCAGUCCUUAGAAGGUAAGGGGCAUGGUCAAGACUCUGCAUCUCUUUUCAUCCUUGCUCAUUGAUGGUGGGACUCAUGCUAAUCUCUUAAGUGCUUUAACACCAAAUAUUGGUCAGGCCUGUCAAGAAAAGCCGAGAUCAUCCCACUUCCCAUGCUGGAGAUUUUAGUUUAAUAGUAACAAUAAAUAAAGUUACCUUUAAAAUUAAUUACACAGGUGAAAUCAAGACCAAACAGUAGAGUCAGACGGUAAUAAAAUAAAUCUGGUUGUUAUUGUGUUCCGAAAACUUUGCUUCUACUUUUUUCUAUCUAAUCAUAAGAAAUUAAAGUCGGGCAUAAAGAGAGUCAUGAAACAGGAGGAGCAGGUUUCAUG